AUGUAUGCUAAUCAACAAAUGCCAAAAGAAAUUGAUAAUGUACCCUGUUUACAAUUGAAAUUUUGGCCAAAGGAUAUUCAACCAUUUCUUAAGCGUUUCGAAGUUAAUCGACCACAAUUAUAUGAAAAAAUAAUUCGAAAUUCAUCGAUUCAUGUGAUACCAAAAUGGUCAACAAAAACACCCAAAAUUGACCAAGAUGUUGAAUUUCGCUAUUCAUUUUCAGCUAUUGAACGUUUAUUGGCCGAACAUCGAAAUAAAAAUGAACAGAUAUUAAAUGGUAUAGCACGUUCGAUUUAUUUUAGGUGAGUCCUUUUCGAUUUAAAUUUAUAUAGAUGAUCUUGGCUCCAAAUCUUAGCAGCUUAAUUUCUAUCUAGAUUCACUUAUUACCAUGGUCUAGCUUCUAAAUCGUACUACUUCAUAGAUUAAAACAAGUAUAAUCUAACAGUGUGUUUUAAGAGACAACCCCACUUGAUUAAAUGAAAGAUAAAGUUCAAAAAACUCUUUUCGCAAGUCUGUGAACUUUUACUAUCAUUGAAACUAGUUUGGCAGAGAAAUCGAAACUUUAAAACGUUGUUUAGUCACAGAAGUUUAGGUUCCAAAAGUAAUUCAUAUUAUCCGAACCGAUAAGUACAAUAUACGGAAGACGGAAAAAACUAUAAUGAACACUGACGUGUUAUAUACAAGGGGGGAGAAAGCGGACCCCUAGGCUCCUGGAGUCCAAGGAGUCCACAGGAGUCCAAGUUCUUAGAAGACUGUUGUCUAAUAUUCAAGUAGGAAAAAGUGGCUUUUAACCAACUAAUUGAUUUUUCAUUAUUCAUAUUUAAGAUUUAUUUACUCUUAGUGGAAUAUUGUAAUUGAACUCUGAUAUUUCUAUCUUUUUUUAUUGCUUUUAUACUUGAAAUCUUUUAUAUAUAUUUAUUUAUUAUUCAAGAUCACAAGUAAUGUAAGGUGCUCCAAAUUCGAAAGGUAAGCAAAAAAGUAGAUUUCCUUCAAACAUAAUAUGGUUGGAUAGAGCUCACCCAGUUGAUUCCGAAUAUCGCCUUUUUAUCGAGUUUUGAUCACGUUUUGGAGGAGAAAUCUUCAAAAUACCACAAGAGUCGGAAAAAGUGGAAAAGUGAGCGUUAUACAGAAAGUUAUGAUUUGACCGUUUUCCGUUUACUCUAGUUUUUGAAACUAUUUUAUUCAAGUUCAGCAUCAAAAAGUAAGUAUAUCGAUGUAGGUUUGUCACUAGUUCAUCGUUCGGAUAUCUGCGAGCAGGACGGACUAAAUUCGCUUUCGGACGUUGUCACACCUCUCAAACCUAUGUAGUCUUUUGUUUCAAAAGCUAUCCUCAACUAUCAUACAUCAUUCGAAUCACCAUUCGACAGUGAACAAAAGCACAUAUGGAUUUAAGAAACUUUCAUUUCCCUGCUGAGAAAAGUCAUUAUUAGUGUAGCAAAGUAGGAAUUAUGCCCGUAGUUCUCGAUUUUCCCCAACAAAACUCAACUUCUAUGUAAUAAAAAUAUUGUAUUUGGAAUCAGGAUCAAAAGAUGCAUCGAUUAGUGUGUAUUUUGAAACUUUUAGUUGAUUUGGUGAAAAUCUCGUGAUUUUUCAACGUGAAAAUUCAAAAAUAAUUAAAGUACUCGGAUAGGACAGAGAUACAUAUCACUCGAUUCAUCUUUUGAUCCUGAUUCCAAAUACAAUAUUUUUAUCACAU